UGAUGUACAAAAAAGACGGAAGAAAACGGUAAACUAUUGCUAACGGAGAAAAGGGAGAGAAAAACAUGGUUAAAUUGUACAAAAACGAAUGGUUUUAGCUACAGUCGACAGGGGAACAAGCUCUUACGUUGGUACGUUGUUUGAUACACGGCAAGGAAUAAUAAAGGUCAUUCAACAACCAUCAGUUCUGGCCUUGUCAGUUUGACUGGAUGCUACAGUAAGAGCUUGACCGCUGCCAUUUUGCUACACCACAAGGGCUCAAGGUUUAACGGCAAUUCCCACAACGUCCAGCAGAUGGCAGAAGCAGGUCAGAGAAUAAAACGGUGAAAGACAUAAGGAAAAUAAAGUUGAAAUGGAGGAUUCAGAAGAAGACAUUAAUGAACAGUUUGAAAACAAAGAACAAAUAUUAAAUGAGCUGCAAGAUAAAGCUCAAAGUGACUCCACGGUUCCAAGGCGUUCAGAAAGAGCCAAGGUGCCAACGGAAAAAAUGCUAACUUAUCAGAGGGAAGAGAUAAGUAAAAAAGAAAAAAGACUAUUAACUCUUUAUGAACAAUGGAAAAUACGAGUGCCAGAAACAAGAGAAAGAUUAAAGUUGGACAUUUCAGAGAAAGAAAUGGCAGAUCUUGCAGAUGAUGUAGAGCAAAGAAAAGAUGAACUGCUAAAGUUGUACACUGAAAUGAGAAGUCACAUUGCACCUUCAUCAGACAUACGAAGAAAAACCGAUGCAUGUGAAGCAGUUACUCAUGACAUCGUGAAAGUCAUCCUGGAAAGAAUAAGUGGUGUAGAUGGAGCUUUUGAUGCAGAAUAUGAAAGAAAACGUCUACGGAGACUAUUAGAACAUGAUUAUGCCCAAUCCAUCUAUGGUUCAACUGCAGCAUCGAAACGUAGCCAACUGUCUUCAGCCUCACAUCUUGCUUCAAAACGAGCAGAUGCAGCAGCAGAACUAGCAGCAAAGGAAGCAGAGUACAAGAUUGUACAAGAGGAACAAAGACAGAAGAAAUGGAUAAAGGCUCUAGAAGAGGAGCAUAAGAAACAAAUGGCAGUUCAAACAUCCGAGCUGGAACGCCUGAAAGCCAAAAGGGAGGUGGAAGCCGCUCGCGCCAGGUUGGACGUCUACAACAGAGAGUUAUCACAACUUGAUGAUGCAUAUUCAGUAAAGAUGGAAAAGGUGAACCCAGAGCACACACCCAAACACACUGUACCAUCAUACACCAUACCGGCGCCAACAGCCCCUCCUAGUGUCAGCCAGCUUGCACAGGCGGUACAAGGCAGCAUAAGAAUAAAUAGACUCCCCAUGCCAGAACCAACAAUGUUUAGUGGUGAGCCAAUAAAAUUUAGUGAAUGGAAAUCCACUUUCAUGUCACUUAUUGAACAAACUGGCAUGUCAGCAGCAGAUAAACUGUACUAUCUAAAAAGGUAUGUAACUGGCUCAGCUCGCAAGUGCCUUGAAGGGACUUUCUUCAGAAAUGAUGAAGAAGCAUAUAACGACGCUUGGGCAAAGUUAAACCAAAGGUACGGCCAGCCAUUCGUGCUACAAAGGGCAUUUAGAGAGAAGUUAUCUAGUUGGCCUAAAAUACAGUCGAGAGAUGCUGAUGGGCUAAGGAACUUUGCUGAUUUUGUGAAUGCAUGCAUGCUUGCCAUGCGUCACGUGAAAGGACUGCAAAUUCUCAAUGACUAUGAAGAAAAUCAGAAACUGUUGCAUAAACUGCCAGACUGGAUAAACACAAGCUGGAAUAGGCAUGUAACAAAGAUACUCAUGGACAGUAGUGAAUUCCCCAGCUUCAGUGAAUUUGCCUCCUUUCUCUCACUUGAAGCAGAAGUAGCAUGCAACCCAGUCACUUCCAUACAUGCACUUCGCUCCACGGAAACAAAUGAUGACAAAAGAAGCACAAGAGAAGUCAAAAGAAACAAGGCAAGUGUAUUCAACAUUAACACAACUGAACGAGAUACAAAGACUAAAAUAUACAACAGUUCUUCAUGCACACUGUGCCAAGAGUCGCAUCCACUUAUAAAGUGCCCAAACUUUCUGCAAAUGACCCUGGAAAUGAAAAAGAAACAUGUAAAGGAUAAUAAACAUUGUUAUGGUUGUUUAAAGCAAGGUCAUAGUGCUAAGGACUGCAAACGGCGCCUCACUUGUGAAACCUGCUCUAAGAGACACCCGACCUGUCUUCACAAUGAGAACUACAGCAUUAGUCUGCAAAGAGAAAGGCAAGAUCAAGUGAGUAUAGACAAUGCAACACAAGGGAACUCACCUGAAAGUGCAACAGCCAUGGCGUUAAAUGUCGCUAGAGCAGAACACACAGUCAGUACCUCCAUGAUAGUCCCAGUAUGGGUCUCAACGGCUGCUAAUCCACAAAGGGAAAAACUAGUCUAUGUGCUACUAGACACACAGAGUGACACUGUUUUUAUAGAUCAGGAUGUAACACAGAAACUGCAAGCAAAUGUGUGCCCUGUAAAACUCAGACUAACCACAAUGAUGGGUAAAAACGCAGUAGUAAGCAGCGGAAAGGUGUGUGAUCUUCUAGUGAGAGGUUACAAUUCAGCAACAGUGCUAAGGCUCCCAACUGCUUACACAAAGGACUACAUACCUGCAAAUAGAGAACACAUACCAACAUGUGACACAGCAAAACUGUGGAGUCAUUUGUCGUCCAUUGUAGAUGAGAUCCCACCGCUCCUCAGUUGUGAGGUGAGUCUCCUGAUUGGUUAUACUUGUCCCCAAGCUCUGGUGCCCAGACAAGUACUCUUAGGUAAAGACAAUGAGCCAUAUGCCAUCCAGACUGAUUUAGGAUAGAGCAUAGUUGGCAACUCAGUACCAUGCAAUGCAUUAGAGACAACAAGGAGUCUCUGUCACAGAAUAACUGUUAAAGAAAUGCCUCCAUGUACUCCCGCAGAUGCAAUACGUGCACUGGAAAAGGACUUUAAAGAAAACGAAAUAAACGAAAAGAUGGUGUCUCAAGACGACCUUAGGUUUCUUGAGAAACUUGAACAAGGCAUAACACAAACAGAAAGAGGACAUUAUGAAAUGCCAUUGCCAUUUAAAGAAAGGCCACAAAUGCCAGAUAACAGACAACUUGCCGAGAGCAGACUCAAUCAGCUCAAACGUAAACUAAUGCACGAUGAAAAAUACAAAAGGGACUAUGUCACGUAUAUGAAUGACAUUAUACAAAGGGGUGAUGCCGAAGAGACUGAUGAUAAUGGACCUGAAGGUGAGACAUGGUACAUACCGCACCACGGCAUCUAUCACCCAAAGAAACCAGAACGGCUAACGGUAACUAGCUUGAUGUACAAAAAAGAGGAAGAAAACGGUAAACUAUUGCUAACGGAGAAAAGGGAGAGAAAAACAUGGUUAAAUUGUACAAAAACGAAUGGUUUUAGCUACAGUCGACAGGGGAACAAGGUUUGUAAUGUACAUGAUUUAAUGUGAGCAAUCUGAAACGCAUAAUAUGUAUUGUAUAGUUUAAUAGAAAACGGUUAGACCAGCGUAAUGAGCGGUUAAAAUGGUGUUACAUGAAUAACAUGGCAAUUGUUUUAUUUGUUUGUCUAGCUCUUACGUUGGUACGUUGUCUGAUACACGGCAAGGAAUAAUAAAGGUCAUUCAACAACCAUCAGUUCUGGCCUUGU